AUGGCAAAUAUUUCUUCCUCCACAACGGCCUCGCCCCCCUUCACAAAGGCCGUAGUAGGCGCUAUGAGAAAACUGUACCCCGAGAAGCUUGCCGAUAGCAGUUUCGACAAUACUGGCCUACUGCUCGAAGCUCCGCACCGCCCAGAUUCUCGGCUGAAGAAUUCGGCACUGUUAACGAUUGAUCUGACCAAGGCUGUUGCGGAUGAGGCGAUUGCUCGGCAAGACUCAAUUGUUAUCAGUUAUCAUCCUAUCAUCUUUCGAGGUCUGAAGUCCAUCACGCUGAAUAACACGCAGCAGACCUCACUGCUACGUCUAGCCCAGGAGGGCAUCAGCGUCUAUAGCCCACAUACGGCUGUUGAUGCCGCACCAGGUGGACUUAACGACUGGUUGGCAGACAUCGUCACCAACACAGACAGAUGCGUCGCUGACAGAAAUCCCCUAUCCCAUAAUCGCCAAAUCAUCAACCCCGUCAAAGACCUUUCCAGCCUCCCCCCGCACUUCUCCUCUGCCGGCUACGGGCGCAUCAUAACCUUUUCCGAGACCCAGAACCUGAUCCCAAUAAUAGAGCACGUUCGCGUCGGUCUCGGCAACCUGCGUGGUCUCUCCGUCGCCAUCCCCCAGCACAUCACGGGUGCCUCGCGAGCCGAGAUCGGAAUCCGAACAGUUGGUAUCUGUGCUGGAUCGGGAGGAUCGAUGCUGAAUGGCCUGGACGUGGAUCUAUUGUUUACAGGGGAGUUAAGUCACCAUGAGGCGCUGGCGGCGGUGGAGAACGGACGGUGUGUGAUUACGGCGAGUCACAGUAAUAGCGAGAGGGGGUAUCUGAAGGUUAUGAAGGGUUUGCUGGAGGCAGAGUUGAAGGGGGAGGGACAAUUCGAGGUUGCGGUUAGUGAGUGUGAUAGAGACCCGUUUGAGAUCAUCACGAAUCCCGGUGAGCAAAUGGGAGGAUAA